AUGUAUAUAAAGUCGUUGGUCAUUGAUGGUUUCAAAUCCUAUUGUCAGAGAACGGAAAUUGGUGGAUUUGAUCCACAGUUCAAUGCGAUUACUGGUCUAAAUGGCUCCGGAAAGUCAAAUAUAUUAGAUGCUAUAUGCUUCUUACUUGGAAUAACAAAUCUUUCGCAUGUGAGGGCAGCAAACCUACAUGAAUUGGUUUACAAAUGUGGUCAAGCAGGAAUAAACAAGGCUACCGUAAGCGCAGUAUUUGACAAUAUGGAUAAGUCACAAUCCCCAUAUGGUUAUGAGCAGUUUGAUGAGCUUACAAUCACAAAGCAGAUUGUCGUUGGAGGCAGAAAUAAAUAUCUGAUUAACGGAACAAACGCAACCACCACAAGGGUUCAUGAUUUAUUUCACUCAGUUCAACUUAAUGUUAAUAAUCCUCACUUUCUAAUUAUGCAAGGUAGGAUUACGAAAAUAUUAAAUAUGAAACCACCUGAGAUCCUAUCAUUAUUAGAAGAAGCAGCAAGCACCAAGCUAUAUGAAAACAAAAAGGAAGCAGCACUUAGAACUAUUGAAAAGAAAGAUAGCAAAUUAAGAGAAAUAGAUAGAAUUCUUACUGAAGAUAUUAACCCUACUAUCAAAAAAUUACGUGAAGAACGGAGCAGUUAUUUAGAGUAUCAGAAAGUUGUACGUGAAAUUAAUCAUCUGGAGAAGUUUAUUGUCGCUCAUGACUAUACUUGUUUAGAGGAAGCUAAAAAACGAACAAGAGGAGAUUUAAUUGCACUUGAACGUUCUUUGAAUGAGCAAAAAAGGAAUAUGGAAGAACUUCGAAAGUCAAAGGAAAUUAUAGAAAGUCGUAUUGCUGAACUUUGCAAACAAAGAGAUGAGCAUCAAGGGACAGCACUUGAAGAAUUAGAAUCUACAAUGUCUGCAUGCCAAAAAACAGAAGCAGUUGCUAAGGGAGCUUCUCAAAGAGCAUCUGAAUCUCUUCGGGCCGCCAAACAGCGUGUUAAGUCCAUGGAGUCACAGUGUAUUGAGCUUGAUGAGCAGUUGUCUUCUAAACAGAAAGCAGCGGAAGCUGCUGCUGGUAUUGAGUACAAGUCCGUUCUAGCACAGUCAGAAGAAGCGAAAGUUAAAUUUGAAGCGGCUCAAAAGCGUUUACAGGCAGUAAAAUCUGGUCUUUCCAGUGGAGAAAAUGGUGUUGCUGCUAGCCUUGCUGAACAGGUUAGAGUUGCAGAUGGUGAAAAGUGCUCCGCACAAACUGAACUUUCCCAACUGAAAAUGCGUCAGAAACAUCUACAAAAUGAGCUUGCUAAACAAGAAGCCAUUGUCAUUAAAACUUUCGGACAUGGGUCAAUAGACGGAGAGUCUAAAGAGGAAAUAAAACAAAAGGAACUUAAUGCACAUAUUGACGAAUUAACUAAAAAAUUGACACGAGCUGAGGCGGAUGAUAGAGCUGCUGGAAGCGAAUCUGUGUUAAGUGAGCAACAGCUUGGCUUAGUUAAGGAAGCAAGGGAGUUACGUCAUCAAGCUUCAACGUUAUCAUCUCAAUUCCCUCAACUUGUGUUUGAUUAUACUGAUCCAGAGCCAAAUUUCGAUAGAUGUCGUGUUCUUGGACCUGUUGCGAAAUUGUUUCGUGUCAAAGAUUUAAAAUAUGCGGUUGCUCUAGAAGUGGUAGCUGGAAAUAAGUUACAGAACAUUGUUGUAGACACAGAAGUCACUGGUAAAAUUUUAUUAGAACGUGGUCAAAUUCGUCGACGUGUCACUAUGCUUCCGUUAACUAAAAUACGUGGAAAUCCCAUAUCAGAUGGUGUUAUUAAAAAUGCCCAGUCAUUAGUUGGUGCAUCAAAUGUUGUCACUGCUCUUUCAUUAAUUGAAUAUGAUAAUAUGCUUAAACCAGUUAUGGAAUAUGUAUUUGGUAGUGUAUUAAUUUGUCCAGAUAUGGAAAUAGCUAAACGUAUUGCAUUUCACCCUGGUAUCGAAAAGAAAACAGUAACAUUAGAAGGUGAUGUAUUUGAUCCUCAGGGCACAUUGUCCGGUGGAAGUCGGGGAACUGCUUCGGAUAGUUUAUUAUCUCGUAUAUUUAAGUGGCGUGAUCUUGAGGUCGCCUCUCAAAAAGCUGAAGAAAAUGUUGCUCAAGGCGAAGCAAAUGUCAGAGCAGCUCAAUUACGAUCCCAAAAUAUUAGUCAUCUUCGAGAAGCGUUGGAUAAUGCUCGCCAUCGAUUAGGACUUUUAGAGACUCAAAUAAGACAAACAGAUAAACAUCGAUUACGUGCAGACUUGGCAGCUACCAAAGAGGAAUUAAAACAACGUCUUACUAAAGCGUCUUUAAGAGCUAAGUUAGCUCAUGAGAAAGCAGAAAAUGCCGUAGCUGAACGUAAAAAAGAACGACAGGAAGCUGAAAAGGCACUUUCAGAAGCUAAAGUUCAACUGGAAUCCACGGUUUGUGCUUUAAGGGAGAAAAAUUCUCUAAAAGAAACUUUACGCUUAGAAGCUGAAGAACUUGCAAAAGAACUGAAUACUUUGAAGCUGUCUCUUGAAGAAGCAAUUCAAGCUGUAGAAGAUGCACAAGCAGAAGAAGAACGUUGUAUUGAUGCAUCACGAUUAGCUAAAGAAGCUUUAAUUAAAGCACGUGAAGCUGUUAAUAAACAACGAGGAUUAAUUGAUGAAACUGUUCGUGCAUUGACAUCUGCAGAGAAAGAAGCUGGUCAAUUAGUUCAAUCGUUGAAUCAAACAAACAGUCAGAUGGAUAAACUUUCUCAUCAAAUUGAAAUGCAAACUAAGGAAAGUGAAGAAGCCGAUAGUAAGAUGGAACGACUCUUAGAAGCAAAUCCAUGGAUUCAUGAGGAAAAACAACAUUUUGGUGUUGAAAAUGGCGCAUAUUGUUUUACUUCACGUGAUCCCAUUGAAACACGUCGACGAAUUCAUUCACUGAAAGAGCGUCGUGAUCGUCUUAGUCGAACUGUAAAUAUGCGUGCAAUGAAUAUGCUUGGUAAUGCUGAAAAACAAUAUUCCGAAUUGAUUAGACGUCAAGAAAUUGUUUUAGCUGAUAAACGUAAAAUUCAAACAGUUAUUGAUGAUUUAGAUAAACGAAAAGAAGAAGUCUUAAUAAGUGCACAUAAUAAAGUCAAUGAGGAAUUCUGUAAUAUUUUCGGAACUCUGUUACCAGGAAGCAAAGCACGUUUAUUUCCUCCGGAAGGUAUGAGUGUUCUUGAUGGAUUAGAAAUUAAAGUUGCGUUUGGUAAUGUUUGGAAAGAAUCACUUGGAGAAUUAAGUGGUGGCCAAAGGUCACUAGCUGCCCUUUCACUUAUUCUGGCUUUAUUACUCUUCAAACCUGCACCUUUGUAUAUAUUAGAUGAAGUGGAUGCAGCGCUCGAUUUAUCUCAUACACAAAAUAUUGGUCAGUUGAUUAAAAAUCAUUUUAAGCAUUCGCAGUUCAUUGUAGUAUCACUGAAGGAUGGAAUGUUCAACAAUGCUAAUGUACUAUUCAAAACAAAAUUUGUAGACGGUGUUUCAACUGUGUCUCGGCAUGUACCUCUACGAGUUUGUGACGAAAAUAAACAGCCUCAAACAGACAGACAACGGAAACGUGUUAAAUAA